AUGGCUCACUUAAUGUCUGAAGACACGAAAGCGCCCUACGAGUACGCUCAGGAUCAAGCGCCACCCAUUCAUGAAUCUGGCGAUAUCUGGGAGAACAACGAUGGUCUUCGCCGGCGGCUCGGAAAUCGACAGAUUCAGCUCAUUGCCAUUGGUGGCAGUAUUGGAACAGCUCUCUUCAUCAGCAUAGGCACUGGCCUUGCUAGCGGAGGACCUGGUAGCCUGUUCAUAGCAUAUACGAUCUGUACACUACUCCUCGGCCUUGUAAACAAUUGUAUGGCGGAAAGGACCGUGCUAAUGCCCGUGUCCGGCGGGUUUGUUCGGUUGGCAGGGAAGUGGGUCGACGAUGCUUUUGGAUUUAUGGCAGGAUGGAACUUCUUCCUAUACGGAGCCCUUCUCAUACCUAUCGAGAUCACUGCCUUGACGUCUGUGCUGGCAUUCUGGUCUCCGGAUAUACCUCCGUGGAGUGGGAAAGUGAUUCUGAUCGCCCUCCUCUUCUGCUUUACUUUCUUCACAAUGGUCGGCUGCAACCCCCAACACGACGCCUAUGGCUUCCGUAACUGGUCCCAUCCCGGCAGCUUCGCGGAACACAUCACUACUGGCCCACUAGGGCGCUUCGAAGGCUUCCUGGCUGCUCUAUGGGCUGCAUCCUUCCCUAUUGUCGGACCAGAGUACGCUUCCAUGACGGCGGGAGAAGCCAAAAGACCUAGAGUUACCGUCAAGGAUGCGUUCAAGACGAUGUACUGGCGAUUCGGAGUCUUCUUUAUAAUCGGAGCGCUGGCUUGUCGUAUUAUACUGCCGUAUGAUGAUCCUACGCUAGUCGAUAUCCUCAGCGGCAAAGCAACGGGCUCAGGUACAGCGAAUGCCUCUCCCUACGUUAUCGCAAUGAAGAACCUCGGGAUAAGCGUCUUGCCACAAGUGGUUAGCGUCCUAAUGGUCACAUCAAUCUUCAGCGCCGGCAAUACCCUGACCUAUUGUGCGACCCGCAGUCUAUACGGUCUGGCUCUCGAAGGGCGAGCACCUAGAUUGCUGCGCAAGUGCACGAAGAGCGGUAUUCCGAUAUACUGCUUUGCGGUCGUCAUGGUCUUCCCAUUCCUCUCGUUCUUGCAAGUUAGCAAUUCUUCUGUUGUUGUGCUCAACUGGCUCGUCAACCUCAUCACAGCUGGUGGCAUAAUCAACUCUCAGGGUAUCGAUCGACGCACCUUUCCCUACACUGCUUACUUUCAGCCAUACAGUGCAUAUAUCGGGUUAGCAUGGAUGAUCUGCAUUGUGACCUGCUACGGCUACACCUCCUUCGCGCCAUGGUCGGUGACGAGUUUCUUCACAUACUACACUAUGGUGAUCGAUGCUCCAGUCCGCUUCUUCUUCUGGAAGUUCUUCAAAGGCACGCGAUUGGUGAAAUCAGUGGAGGCCGAUCUAAUCUGGGAACGCCCUAUGAAUGAUGCUUACGAGGCUACAUUCGCUGAACCUGCUAUAGGGUUCUGGCGAGAAUGCGGUCAGAUGAUCGGGAUUGGACGCGGUAAAGGUCGUGGCAAGGCUGAGGCAGACGGUGAGAUCCAUACAAGUUAG